UCUUGGUCAACUUCCACGCGGCAGACUUCGCCUUUGAGCAGAACGGCGCGGACUACCCAGCACCUCUCCUCGAGGCCGUGGGCAGGAACCCCAAAUGGUGCAAACGUUUCAGCGAUUGAAGGCCCAGGCGGUGACGGACAAUAUUGACUUGAAGACAGUAAUUCAGAACUUCGCGACCAACCACCCGGAGGAGGCCAAGGAGGAGGGGGCAAAGGAGGCCCAGCCUCAGCCUCCAGCGGGCGCGAAACACCGACGCCUGACGCUCGGCGGCACCUUCGCUGGGAUGGCCGCCCCGGAAGCAGGAGCCUCGACGGAGGAGGACGAGCCUUCGGAUGACAUAGUGAUGCUGGGCAGGCUGCACACCUCCAUGACGAACAUUCAGAAACUGGUGCAGAAGCUGGAUGCCCCGCUCAGCAACAAUGUUGCUGUGUGGAAGGGCCGGGCCACGAGCAUGAAGGAGUUCUACGAGGGCGUGGACGAGGUUGUCCGCGCGUGCUCGCGCGACGCCGGAACCAAUGACCUACUGAGCAAGGUGUGCUCGGCUGGCCCUCUCAUCACCUUCGAGGUGAAGUACUACAACAAGAUGAAGGAGACCAUGGACAAUAUCAAAGCGAAGAUCAACGCCGAGGGCUUGUCGGACAAGGUGUCGGCCUUCAUGGCGGGCGGCCCGCUCCGGGGGGCGAUCGAGAGCACGCCGAAGGGCAUCUAUGCGACGCUGCUCGAGAUGGGGGCGCAGAAGGAGUACCUGCGAACGUGGUGGCCGGUGUCGGUCGCCGCGCCUGGCUGGUCGAUGCGCUACGAGGGCGAGCACGACUUCGCGGAGCGGAUCGCCACCGUCGCGAUGGGCAAGGACGUCUUGAAGAAGAUCAGACGCAACGUGGGCGAGGGCGCCGACAUGAUUCUGCUCAGAGCGUGAAUUACCUACCCCGCUUUCGCUUCCAGGCAAAACCAAGUCAUACCACGCGCCUCCCCGUCAAGCGGCCUAACCAGUACA